AUGCCGGAAUACUGUGUGACCGGAGGAACAGGUUUCAUUGCGUCCCACCUCAUCAGAGAACUGCUAAGCAGAGGCCACACUGUCCGGGCAACGGUCAGAGAUACAGAGGACGUGGCCAGGGUUGGGUUUCUGUGGAGCAUGGGUGGAGCCAAGGAGCGGCUGAAGCUGGUGAAGGCAGACCUGCUGGUGGACGGAAGCUUCGACCUUGCCGUUGACGGCGUUGACGGUGUCUUCCACACUGCAUCACCUGUCUUUGUUCCGCAAGACCAAAACGUCCAGCAAGCUCUGAUAGAUCCAGCCAUACAAGGCACUACGAAUGUGCUCAAAUCCUGCUCCAAAGCAAGCUCGGUGAGGCGUGUCGUCCUCACCUCUUCCUGCUCUUCCAUCAGGUACCGAUAUGAUGUCACUCUGGUUUCCCCACUCAACGAGUCACACUGGAGCGACCCCGAAUACUGCAAAAGAUACAACCUGUGGUAUGCAUAUGCGAAGACAUUGGCUGAAAAGGAAGCAUGGAGAUUAGCAGAGCAUUUUGGCAUCAAUCUAGUGGUAGUGAAUCCAUCUUUUGUCGUCGGACCAUUAAUUGCACCACGACCAACGAGCACCCUCCUCCUCAUACUCUCCAUCUUGAAAGGAAAUAUUUCCUGGUACCCGAACACAACCAUGGGAUUUGUUCACGUUGAUGAUGUAAUCUUCAGCCACAUUCUUGCCAUGGAGGACAGCAGAGUCUCCGGAAGGCUCAUUUGUUCCGGUAGUGUUGCCCGCUGGUCGGAGAUCAUGGAGAUGAUUAGAGCAAACAACCCAUCUUAUCCGAUGCCAUCCAAGUGCAAUGACCAGGAAGGUGACAACAAUCCACACAGCAUGGACACUACCAAGAUCAGGGAACUCGGGCUUCCAUGUUUCAAAACUCUCCCACAGAUGUUUAAUGACUGCAUCAAGAGCUUCCGAGAGAAGGGACUCCUGUGAAAUAAGAUGGCCAACAGAAGGGAUAUCAGUGAAAUAAGGUCCUUGAAAGUGACACAUCACAGCCAAUUAACAUGAAAAAAAAACCAUAGUUUAGAUAUCCACUUAGCCUUAGAUGCUAUGAUGCUUUCAUGAUUCAUCUAUUUUUGUUUAAUUUAGAUUAACUUUUCCAUUCAGUCUGCUUCCACAUGAUUUGUCACAU